AUGGCCAGUGCUGCGUUCCAUAUUCCCAGCUCUGAACGCACGGUUCUUGUUUCCAUCAUCGACACUACAAGUCAGGUCUCUAUCGAGACCGAUAAAGUGUUCGUUCCACGGCGCCCAGGCCAUGACUACCUGACGGUACCGAACUAUUCCUUCCUCAUCAAGCACCCCGUGCUUGGACGCACCGUACUGUUUGAUCUGGGUCUUCGCAAAGACUGGUGGAAUUCUGCUCCGGUCGUUCGGAAUAUCCUUCAGGAAGGUCAAUCUCAUCUGUCUGUCCGAAAAGAUAUUCGAGAAAUCCUGCAAGAUGGUGGCGUUCCGAUAACAACUAUUGAUACAAUAGUGUGGAGCCACUGGCACAUCGAUCACAUCGGUGAUCCAAGUCUCUUCGACACCAAUGUCAAGUUGAUCGUCGGUCCGGGGUUCAAGGAACAUAUCUUGCCACCAUAUCCGCCAAACAAGGAUUCAAUGGUCUUACAAAGCGAUUUUGAAGGGCGUGAGUUGGAAGAACUCAGUUUCACCGAGAACAGCCUCAAAAUCGGACGUUUUAAUGCCAUUGACUACUUCGGAGAUGGGUCCUUUUACUUUCUCGACGCUCCUGGUCAUUCUAUCGGCCAUAUUGCCGCUCUCGCACGAGUGAAGUCAGCACCAGAUAGUUUUAUCCUGAUGGCAGGGAUGGGUGUCUCCAUGGUGGCUUUGCUUCUCAGCCCGGAUUUGUCUCCAUACGACUCAGCACUCAAGGCGGUGUGUGCAAAGGGAGAUAUGAGAACCCCUUUUUAUUCAGCAGCGAGGAAUGGUGUCAGUUAUAACGUAGAUGAUGCGAAUACGACUGUUAGUUAUCUUCAAGAUGCGGACGGCAGAGAUGACAUAUUUAUUGUUUUUUCCCAUGACGAAGCGUUACUGGAUAUUGUCGACUUUUUCCCCAGCACUGCAAAUGAGUUUAUGCAGAAAGGCUGGGUGGACAAGAGCAAAUGGGUGUUCCUUCGUGAUUUCAUCAAAUCCGAGACUGAUGCAGCUUCCGUUGCACGUUGA